AGACACAUGCACAUUUGUGUUUGACUGAUUUUUUUUCAUCAGCUUUUUAUUGCAUACAGCCCCAUAUUCUACCUGAUAUUGACUUGUGCACAAUAUGUUGGUUGGUCAGUUUUUUUUUUCUUCUUUAAAUAGGCCACAGAAAACCUGUGUAAAUGAUUCUUUUUCCGAAGCAAGCUUACCCCAGGGGUGUGUUUUUGUUAUGGUUUGUGGACUUGCUUCCUGUUUUGUGCUUUUAUUUGGGUUAGAUUUCCAGUCUUGUCACCUCACCUGCCCCAGCUUUACCUUGGUUCACAAUUCCUGUUCAUUGCUUCCACCUGCUGCUCAUUACCGCCUGGUCUCCUGUCUUUAUAUCCUUCUCCCUUCCCUCAGUGUGGUCGCUGGCUCAUCUGUUCUCCAUACCUUGUUGCCCCCGUCAUCUGUCUCCUUCCGUACUGCACCCUGCCUGUCCUCUUUGCAUGAUGAAUUUGGAGGAGUACUUCCAAAGAAUUGGGUUUGAUGGCUCUCAUGACAAACCUGAUCUGGCAACACUGAAGCUGAUCCACAAAAAGCACAUCCUGUCAAUUCCAUUUGAAAACCUCAGCAUUCACUGUGGGGAAAGGAUUACCCAGGACCUCGAGGUAAUUUUCAAUAAGAUAGUGAGGAGCGGUCGUGGAGGUUGGUGCCUUGAGAACAACUCCCUGUUUGGCUGGGUGCUCAGACAAAUGGGCUAUGACACUGUGACCUUGGGCUCCAGAGUUUUCCAGAGUACCAUCAAUGAAUUUGGCCUUGAUGACACUCACCUCAUCAACAAGGUGGUCAUUGAUGGAAAGGCUUAUAUAACAGAUGUAAGCUUUGGAGUGUCUUCCCAAAUGCGGGAGCCCCUGGAGCUCGUCUCUGGAAUGGACCAACCUCAGGCAGCAGGGGUCUUUUGUCUUAUUGACAAAGGGGACAUGUGGGUGCUGGAGAAGACUGGAAGAAAGCCAGAGGUCAUCAAUCCAGAAUUUGCUGAAUCAAGUCUGGAUUCCGAGCCCUGAUUGGCUG